CCAAUCGGCUGCUGACUGCGCAGAUAUCAAUGACGUCAUGACGCUAGCGUGCCUCAAAAUCACGUGACGGGCGCAUUUCAAACAAGCAUCAUAGCGGCGUAUCGAGAGCUCGGUCCUCAGUAUCCAGCAGCACAUCACAAGUUUUCGCUUUUGAGACCCUCGUGCUCAGACUUCUUCACGGCCAUAAGAUCAAGCAAAGGUGCGGAAGGGCUUUCCCAUUUCACUUGUUCAUACACUGCGGUGUCUAAUGGCCUCCAGCUCAGGGCUGUCCAUGUGAGAAGUGAAUCUGAGAAGGGAAGGGCAAACACUUGAAGAGAGAGAAAAGUUUCCCACAGAGCAUGACCUCUGCCAAAGAAGAUGGUGUGGAUGAAAGGACAGUGGACAUUAAAGAAGAGAACUGUGAGUGGCUCACACCAGAGUGUGAAGUGAGUGUGAAGCUGGAGGAUCACGAAGAAAGAAUUUCAGUUUUUAAAGAGGAGGAGGAGUGCAAGGGGGUGACUGCUGCCAUUAAAGCUGAGGAUCUGAAUGAUUUCUCUGUUGGUCUGGAAGUUCAAAAGCAUGAAACUGAGGAUAUUUUCAAGCAAGAUACCGCUGAAGAAUCUCCAUCCAGUUCACAGCCCUGGUCCACUAAUACGGGACGACUGGCUACGCAGGAGAAUUCUGUAGAGCUGAAAUCAGAGUUAUCAGAGUCUGAAGAGAAAAUCACUGAGGGAAAUGGGAGAGAAAGAGAAGAGUCACCUGGGAGUGCUGGAAUAAAUUUACAGAAGAAUGUCACCUUCUCUCCACCUUCAUUUGGUCAGCACUCUCUUCAAUACAAAGAGAAAGGUAAGAAGAAAUCAGCAAGAGGAUCAGAGAACCUAACCGCAGACUUUUUGCAGUGCAGUUCUGCUACUGGAGUAACACAGACAGAAGACAUCAAAACUGAUCAACAGCAAGUGGAGAAUGAAAUCCAAAUUCAUACUGGAAAACAAUGUGUGGAAUGUGGCAAACAAUUCACACAGAAAAGCGAUCUUAAUGAGCAUAUGAAGAUUCACAAUGGAGAAAAAACAUAUUGUUGUUAUGAAUGUGGUAAGCCGUUCUCUAGGAGAAGCAGUCUUCAGAGUCACAGAAGAAUCCACACAAGAGAAAAAACUCAUUGCUGUCCAGAAUGUGGUAAGUCGUUCUCACUUCUAUGCAAUCUUCAGACGCACAGAAGAAUCCACACAGGUGAAAAACCUCAUUGCUGUUCAGAUUGUGGUAAGUCGUUCUCACUUCUAUGCAAUCUUCAGACGCACAGAAGAAUCCACACAGGAGAAAAACCUCAUUGCUGUUCAGAUUGUGGUAAGUCGUUCUCACUUCUAUGCAAUCUUCAGACGCACAGAAGAAUCCACACAGGAGAAAAACCUCAUUGCUGUUCAGAUUGUGGUAAGUCGUUCUCACUUCUAUACAAUCUUCAGACGCACAGAAGAAUCCACACAGGAGAAAAACCUCAUUGCUGUUCAGAGUGUGGUAUGUCGUUCUCAAGCAGAAGCCAUCUUCAGAGGCACAGAAGAAUCCACACAGGAGAAAAACCUCAUUGUUGUUCAGAGUGUGGUAUAUCGUUCUCAAGGAGAAGCCAUCUUCAGAGGCACAGAAGAAUUCACACAGGAGAAAAACCUCAUUGCUGUUCAGAAUGUGGUAAGUCGUUCUCAUGUAUAAGUGAUCUUCAGACGCACAGAAGGAUCCACACAGGAGAAAAACCUCAUUGCUGUCCAGAAUGUGGUAAGUCGUUCUUAAGGAGAAGCAGUCUUCAGAGGCACAGAAGAAUCCACACAGGAGAAAAACCUCAUUGCUGUUCAGAUUGUGGUAAGUUGUUCUCUAAUAGGAGCCAUCUUCAGAGGCACAGAAAAUGCCACACAGGAGAAAAACCUCAUUGCUGUUCAGAUUGUGGUAAGUCGUUCUCCAGUAGAAGCCAUCUUCAGAGGCACAGAAAAUGCCACACGGGAGAAAAACCUUAUUGUUGCCCAGAAUGUGGCAAACAAUAUUCUGGCAAACUCAGUUUUCAAAGUCACAUAGAACUUGAUACUAGGUGUUUUCGAGUAUACACACAAACUCACACUGAAGAGAAAAUGCAGUAUGUCUGUUCUUAAUGUGACAAAUGUUAUGCAAAGAAGAAAAGUCUUCAUAGACACACCAAAAUCCAUACUGGAGAAAAAUAUUUUUGCUGUGCUGAAUUGGGGAAACGAUUCUUAGACUUAAGCGUACUUCAGUCCCACAUCUGAACUCACACUUGUGAGAAACCUUAUUGUUUUCCUGAAUGUGAUAAGCAUUUCUACAACAAAGCAAUCUAUAGAGUCACAUCAGACUUCACACCUGAAAGAAACCUAACCAUUGCUUGGAAUGUGGCAAACAAUUCUCACACCUUAAUUCUCUGUAUAAUCACAGGAGAAGUUAUAUUUGAGAGAAGCCUUAUAGUUGUACUGAAUUUGGAAUGUGAUUCUCAUAUAAUUGUUCUUUUCACAAUCAUAACAUAAUUCAUUCUGGUAAGCAACAUCAGUGUUCUAACUGUUGCAAGCUUUUCUCAAA